AUGGACACCACCGGCCGGCUGAUCAACUCACGCUUCCAGCAGCAGCGCAAUCUGCAGCCCCUGGGCGGGAGAGCCCCAGGAGAGCUUCCAGCCCCAUGUGAUGCCCUGGGGAAGCCCCCUACCCCAGUGGCCACUGGUUUGUCCAUCGCCAGCCUGAGGCGGUCCCAACUGCUGGCCAAAGAUACCCCCUGCCCAGAUGUCAUGCCCAAGGCAGGCCUGGCCCCUCUCAAUGGACACACAUGGCCAGACCCCAUAUCCCGGUGUGGCCUGGGGAGCUGGACCCCUAGGCUCGAAGGGGAACCCCUCACCCUGGAGGAUCUGGCCAUCCCCACCCAGAGCCAGGCUUGGACCCUAUCCCAAGCUGCCAUCCACCAGCUGCUGGCCUCUGUGCGACGCCUGGAGCAGGAGGCGGUCCGUCUCAGGUGCUGGGCAUCCCGGGAACCUCCAGCCCCCACGGCGGGGGCCCUGGACUAGCGUGGCCAGGCACUCCCUGCUCGCCCCCAGCCCAGCCAGCCUGGUCCUGCUUCCUGGGAUGAGAGGAAGAAACACCGCCACGCUCUCAGGGAAACUGCGGGUUUCCUGGGGAUGCCCCGGGUCCAGGGUGGGCUCACAGACUCUCCGGCAAGCAGCAAGCCUGCAUCACUGGAGACUGCUUUGGGGAUGCUGACUGGGGAUGCCCUUGACCCUGAGCAGGGAGUCCUUCCUGCCCACCCCCCAAGGCGCGGAGAGAAGUGCUCCUUAGGAACUGCAUACGGCAGGUGGCAGAGGGGUGACCCCCUGCUCCCUCAAGGGGCGGGCAGCAGUGAGGCCAGACUCUGCUCUCCAUCCUCCUCCAGUUCAGCCCCCGGCGUCCUCCAAGGGCAGGAAGGAGGGGAGGGGACCCCGGGGGAGCAGGUCAGUAGGGAGGAAGAGAGACCGGCUUCCUGUCCGCCAGACACGGCUGCUGUGAAGAGUGUCCUGCAGAACAGAGCCGGAAGCACUGCGGACCCGGAGUCUGAGCCAGCUGGGUGAGGCCACUGGCUGUGGGUUGGGGCCUGGGGCCACACUCCUGGGACGGCUCCUUUCCCAUUUGUCUGGGGACAAGGACCUGGUGGAGAAAAGGCACGCGGGAUUUGAGAGGGAGGACCCUCCUGGCCCCUAGGAUGGGAACGUGGGGACUGCUGCUCCCAGGGAUCUUCAGCUUGUGAGGCUGCCCCGCACUCUUGGCUGUCAGACGGGGCAUCCUCCUGCCUCCAGGUGCGCGUCCAGGAUUUCCCAGGCUAGCCAUCCGGAGAGGGAAGUUCUCCCGCGUCCAGUCCAGCUUGCCCUCCUGCCGCAGUGUGGGGCAGCCCCUCCGUGCUGAAAGGCCACGUGGGUGGUCCCGAGCCCCUGGCAGCUCCCUGGGGCCGGGGGUCCAGGCCCAUCCCCCUGAUCGACCAGGUCUGUCCCCAGCCAGCAGUGGCCGUCCAG